UGUCUCCAUCUCAACACACACACACACACACACACACACACACACACGUGUGUGAGCAAGCUCCACUGGUUACUCCAGUGUGACAACGCGGAUUAAAGCCCAGUGUUGAAGAAAGGACUAGAAGCAGAUAAAACAUGGCCAACUUCAAAGGACAUGCACUGCCUGGCACUUUCUUCUUUCUGUUUGGUUUCUGGUGGUCUGUGAAAUAUCCGCUGCAACACAGCUGGAAGAAGAGACAACAUGGGACGAGGCAAAGUCUGCCUCUAUUCUUUAACAGGAUAGACCUCAUUGAGGGGAGCCUAAAGAUCUUUUUCGCUUUUGUUGGCAUUAUGGCCGAGCAGUUUGUACCUGAUGGACCUCAUGCUCACCUUUUUAAUGGGGAGUGGGUGAAACUAAUGAACUGGCAACACAGCACCAUGUACCUCUUCUUUGGCAUCUCCGGCAUUGCAGAUGUUCUCACCAUGUCCUCGCUUCCUGUACCAGCUGGACUUGACCGACUGGGCCUGUCUCUCGCUCUCUUUGUAGAAGGGUUCCUUUUCUAUUUCCAUCUACACAAUCGGACUGCUCUGGACCAGCACAUUCACUCGUUGUUGCUAGUGGCUGUAUUUGGUGGUGCAGCCAGCACGAUACUUGAGGCCUUCCUGCGAGAUAACUGUCUGCUUGAGGUGCUCAGGAGCAGCCUGGCUAUUCUGCAAGGCACCUGGUUCUAUCAGAUUGGUUUUGUGUUGUAUCCUCUAAAUGGAGACAUGUGGGAAGAGGAAGACCAUGGCAACAUCAUGUUUAUUACUAUGUGCUUCUGUUGGCAUUACGCAGUAGCUCUGCUGAUUGUGGGUGUGAACUACAGCACAGUGUGGUGUAUCACAAACAGGUUUGGAGUUAAGCAGAGGAUGGAUUUAGAAAUUGGCCUCAGGAAAACCACUCACCUAGACUCUAGUUCCCAGAAGGCUUUGCUCCAGGAGUCAGAUGAAGAAUAGACUUCUGGUAACUAGCAUGAGAAGAUUUCAGCUGACAUCAAUGAGAACAGUAGAGAUGUGAGCAGGACUUGUUGAAUUACACUCAGGAAUUCUAACCAAUCCCGCUUGUUCACGCAUUUUUGUUUAUCCAGUCUGCAAUAUUUUCUACCUAGGUGCGAUGCUCACCAACAUGUUAACAGUUAUUGUGGAUGACUGAAUAAAUAUUAUUCAUGAAUAAAUAUUUAAAAGAGUACACUAAUAUUUAGGACUGUAUUUGAUUAAGUGGCAUCAUAGAGCAAAAUCAAACAGUCAGAAAGCUUCCCUAUAAGCCAAGUUAAAACCACAAUAAUGUGUUAUCAAAAAACAGUUUUGACUCUAAAGUGAGAAAAUGCUGAUGUCAGUGCCUAAAAGCCAUCUCUUAUGUGCUUAUAGUCUUGCAAAACAGCAUAAUUGCAUGAGUGUGAGUUACACUGAACCUGUGAGUAAAGCACACUUUUUUCCAAA